GUGAGGGAUCAGAGAGACAACGCUCUGACCUGGAACACAGUCGGCAGCUGAAGACAGAAGAUGCACUGGGAGAAAUCACCGAAGGAAAAGCUGUGCUACCCUCCGCCCACGGUGAAGGAGCUCCUGGAGCAGAAGAGGAAGCGGGAGGCUCUGUGUGAGGAUCCUUCAGAGGGUCAGUCCUGCUCGCUUGCAGGAACCAGCCCUGAGGCCUUCACUGCACCGCCGAGCUCCUCAGCAGCCCAGUCCACGAGUUCUACAGGGGCCCCAGCCGAAUACCCAGACAUGGCCCUGAGCGAGCAGCAGUGGGCCCCGUCAGCAGAGAGCUACUACGGCCCUGGGUCUCUGUGGUCCGCCUACCCGGCCCCGGCCAGGGACCCGGCCCCGGCCAGCUACAGCCUCCCGCUGGAGGCGUACCAAGCCACCGCCAUGCCCCACACAUACUGCUCUGCUAAGGACGCCGCUCCAGGGCCGUUCUGGCCCCCAGACGUCGCCCCGGGCCCCGGCCCCGGCCCCCAGCUGGACCCCCAGGGGCUGGCCGAGGCCCGGCAGACAGUCCGGGAGAUGGACUACGCCCGGCAGGACGAGGACGGGGACACGAUCCUGCACAUCUACUCUGCCAAGGGCCUCCGCGAGUGGGCCUACGCUGCUGCUGAGAAGCUCCGGGGCCUCGGUCGUCUGGACGCCAGGGAGCACAAGGGCAAGACCGCUCUGCUGGUGGCCGUGACCGCCAACCAGCCCCAGAUCGCCCUGGACCUGCUGUCGCUCGGCGCCGACGUCAACGCCUGCGACGUCAACGGGCAGACGCCGCUGCAUCUCGCCGCCAGCAGCGGCUUCCCCGCGGUGCUGCAGGUCAUCCUCUCCUCAGGACACGCUGUGCAAAUGGAAGCCUGCAAUUUUGAAGGUAUGACCCCCCUCCACUGCGCGGCGGUGGCCCACUGCGCCAGCAUCAGACCCCCGUCCGGGCCCCGGGCCCGGGACCCCGGCCUGCAGAGCCCUCCAGUGGACCGGCUGUCCUGCCUCUACCUGCUGCUGAGCGCAGGAGCCUCGCUGGUCAGCCAGGAGAUCAAGAGCAACAUGACGGUGCUGCACGUGGCUGUGAAGGAGGGCAACAUCGAGCUGGUCCGCUACCUGCUCCGGAUCCCUCUGCCCAACAGGCAGGACUUUGUCAACAUGAAGGCUCACGGCCACACGGCUCUGCACAUGGCAGCCAGUCUCCAUGGCAACGCGCACCAGAAGGAAGCGCUGCAGCUGCUGCUUCGCGAGGGGGCGGACCCCAGCGUCCGCAACCAGGAGCACCUCCAGCCCGCUCAGAUGCUCCAGAGAGGACCUGAGGGGGAGCAGCUGAAGCUCCUGCUGAGGAGGCGCGGAGCGACUGCCCGGCGCUCACGGUCCUCCUCUCAGGACCAGGUCUAACCAGAACG